AUGCGGCGACGUCUCAUGGACGGCCGCAGUGCCUGUGAAUGGGACGACCAUUUCCGUAUGGGCUGUCGCCAGGGAUAUGGCUGUCAUUGGCUAGAGCACUGUGCGCCGCGCUACGAGUUGGUCCGAAGCAGAACUGGCGACCAAUUUGUCGAUGUGGGCUACUGUGCUCCAUCGUAUUUCGAGCCCUUCGUUGUGACGAUCCUGUUGCCGAUGGUGAUGCUCUUUUUCGUCAUCCUUAUUCGGCAUUUGUUUAGCCUGCUUGAUCCCUCCGCUUCGAAGCUUCAUACCUCGGCCGCGGCGACAUUCUCUGCGAACGUCCGAGCCCUGUGCGAAAGCAGCAAGGACAUAGGACAGCAGCUACAGCGCUUGUAUGUCCACCGCAAAGAUCUUGUGGGUGUCAGCACUCCAGAGACUGGAAUGGAGGUUCACUUCAUGCUGUAUCGCGAUGCCAAGGGUCUUGGCGCAGCCGACGUGCAGCCGGCCCAGCCCCAGCCAUUGGUUCCAGCACCGGCGGUGAAGGAGGAGGAGCUCCUUCUAGUGGGAUGGAAGAAGGUGUGGUGCGAGGAGUACCAGGAGUGGUACUUCUGGAACCAUGUGAGCAAGGAGUCCAAGUGGACACGCCCAAAGGUCGGCGAGCCAGAAGAAGAUAACACGCUUCCAAAGGACUGGCAGAGAGUUUACGACGUGGAGCGAGGCAUGUACUACUACUGGAACAGAGUGACCCGGAGAUCCACCUGGGACCGGCCAGAAGAGUCGAGUCAAAUGCAGCAGGCGCCCGAUGACCUAUCUGAUGACGGUCUUCCACCCUUGGCCGAGCUCAAUGGUACCCGCAUGAAGGCGCAGGUCAUCGAGUGGUUGGGCGUCAUGGGCUGGUUGAGACGAGCGGAAGCAUCAGAUGAUGAGAAGAUCUAUUUGAACUGGCGAGAUGUGGCCACAGGAAAUUUGAAACAAGGCGAUGAGGUGGAGUUCCUCCUGUGCAUCGAGGAGGACGGUUCAGCUCACGCCUUGGACAUCUGCACUGGCGAUAGCCGUGGGCUGAAGCGACCUGCGGACAAUCAGCUGGAUCAGGCUGAAGAACAGGAGGAUGCACUACUUCUUCCAGGUUGGGAACAGCAUUGGUCGGAGGAGUACAAGUGCUUCUACUACUGGCACCAGCCCACAAAACAGUCAUCUUGUGAACGGCCUGCACUAGCACGGAUUGAAGGGGAAGAAGAGGGCAGCCAAGCAGCUCCUACAGUUGCACCAAGCAAGCCUGUGAUGGCCAAUGGGCAGCUUCGGCCGUCCCAAGCGCAGCCGCGCAAAGUGUUGCCGCGUGCAAAACCAGCCGGACAGAUUCCUCGUCAACGUUAUGGUCAGCGCUGA